UUGGAGGCAGAAGCAAAGCAGCUGGGUUCCGACUUCCUUGCCCUGGAAAAAUUUGUCAACUUGAACUACCAAGCGUUUGAGAAACUCCUCAAGAAUCACGACAGACUGAUGCCGCACACCCCUUGCCAUCAGUUCUAUAUGGCCAAAUUGAGGAACCAGGAUUGGAUCCGUAACGACUUCUCGGAUGUCUUUGUGGCAUUGUCGGAUUGCCAUUCUCUUUUGCGUCAAGACGAUUCUGGAACUGCCAACAACGAUGCAAAGCAGGACUUUGUUCGUAACACGAAGAAGUACUGGGUACCUACGGAGCACGUUUCUUCCUUGAAGCACUUGAUUCUGCAGCAUCUUCCUGUCUUCCGUGUUUGGACUGGUGGCGGGGACUCUCAGCUUAUCAACUCUGUCUACUUUGACAACCGCCAGAUGCAGCUGUAUCACGGAAGAAUGGACAAGACUCCAGGAGCCAUUGCCCUUCGCCUUCGAUGGUAUGGAACUGAGAUCAAGAGUGUCUUUGUGGAGCGGAAGACUCACUUGGACGCCUGGACUGGGAAUGUGUCGGUGAAAGAGCGCUUCGUCCUCGACGAGCCACUCGUCGUUCCGUUUUUGAAUGGCAGCUACACCGUGAACGAGUUCGCAGACGACAUGAAGAGGAAGGGCAAGAAGGACUCGGAUAUCCAGGAGGCUUGCAAGCUGUUCUCCCAGAUCGCCAGGGUCAUCGAGUCGAAGCAACUUGGCCCGACCGUCCGCACGCAGUACAUGAGAACGGCGUUCCAGAUUCCGUUCGAUGCGACAGUUCGCAUCUCCUUGGACACCAACCUUGCCAUGGUAAGGGAGGACUGCUGUGGAUACGCAUCGACCAUCACGGAGCGUUGGCGGAGGGAUGAACGCAUCCCCGUUAAGGCCUCGGAGCACACCCACUUCCCUCAUGCAAUCCUCGAGGUCAAGCUGCAAGGAGACGUGGAGAACCCCCCACGCUGGGUCAAGGACCUCCUGGAGUCUGGCAUGGUGACCGAGGUCUACAAGUUCUCCAAGUUCAUCCACGGCUCUGCCGUCCUGCUCACCGAGUUGGUGGCAGCUGCCCCCUACUGGAUUGAUGACGUGUCGAUCCGCGACUCGGUC